AUGGACAUCCUAGUCGCAAAUGCCGGUGCUAGCUGGGGUGGGCCAUUCGAGACUUUUGAUGACUGGAAAAGCGCCAAGACACUUGAUUUGAAUGUCCGGGGUGUUUUCAAUCUAGUUAGGUUUAUGGUACCGCUCCUUUCAGGGGCUGGGACAUCGCAAGAUCCAGCGCGUGUGAUUAUCAUCAGUUCGAUCGCUGGAAUUGCCAUUUCACAUGUUGGGGAUCGGGGCGCAAUUAUGUAUAGUGCCUCCAAGGCAGCUGUGCAUCACCUCGGAAGGAAUCUGGCUCUGGAGCUCGUUCCCAAACACAUUACAACGAAUAUUAUUUCACCAGGCUUCUUCCCUACGCGUCUCGCAUUGCCCCAAAUUGAUUAUCUAUGGGGUCCGGACAAGGCGGCAGGGUCAAAUCCAAUGGGUCGAUUGGGAGAAGCAGAAGAUGUUGCAGGUGCAAUAGUGUACUUGUGCUCGAGAGCUGGAGCAUACGUCAAUGGGGAGAACACCUCGCUAGAUGGUGGUGGAAGGUUAAGGACUGGAACACAACUAGACCAUGGAGGCAAACUAUGA